AUGCUCAAGACCCGGGGUGCUGCAGAAAGUGCCAUUCAUAGCGCUGCAGGCAACCCUGCUUUUAUACCUGCCGGUAUCAAUUUUGGUGGAAAUUGUUUGAUAGAUUUGAACGACUCUUACUUGUCAUUUCACCGCAUGAAACUUAGGAACAAUACUCACUUCCGCAUUAACUUCUUGCACAACGAUUUAGCUAAUAUGGUGCUCACAGCUAAACUAUCUCUCAACGACCUCCACAUAGUUGGCGCUUAUGAACGAAUGACCUAUAAAGUACAAACAAAUACAAAGUACAACCUACUGUACGAAAUUUUCUACACCCCUGCCUUCGGAGAAGUAGAGUAA